AUGGUCGAUUUCAAGCUCUUCCAUGACGAUAAUCCACAGCUGGAGCUCGCGCAACUUGUGUUGGAUUUGAUCGAGCAAAUGCCACCAGGACAUUGUUACGCGUUUCUGUACGACGAAGUGUACGAGAGUGUCUUGGAGGUGGAACUGUUCGAGCGAAUCGGGCGGGUUUCGAGGUUUAUCGUGAAAAUCCCAACCGACGAGGAUACCCUAAACCCACGGCCAUCCCUCUUGUGCAAUCUUCAAGAGAUUCGCAAAGUGGGCUGCGGAGGCUAUGUGAUGUUGCUUGCCAACGGCAUCCAGAUGGAGCGCCUGCUACGUUUCGGUGACCAAACGCGCCAAAUUGAUACACGAGCUCGCUUCAUCAUGCUCCAUGAUUAUCGACUGUUUCAACCGCAGAUGCACUAUCUUUGGAAGCGAAUUGUUAACGUCGUCUUCGUGAGGCCACUUCGCAACCGACGAGCUCUGGAUCGAAAGACCCAGCGUCAGUACGACGAUGGUACGGUUUAUGAGCUGAGCACCGUGCCCUUCCCGAUACCGUUAAAAGGAAUAUUUUUCUCCAAGAUACUCAACUUCUGGCAAAGGGGGAAAUUUCGAUCACUAUCCAAAAGCAAGAAAGCGUUGUUCGGUGAUAAAACAACCGAUCUCCAGGGCCAGCUAAUGCAGGUGGUCGUGUUAGAGCAUACGCCAGCGGUUUUUAAAUCGAACACACCUGCUCACAGGGUAGAAAAUGGAUCGCAAACGCGGGACACCUGGUCUCAACGACCACAACAGCAGCCGUUGUACUAUGGUGUUGAAAUCGAACUGAUAAAAACGAUUGCGAAUGUGAUGCACUUUCGAAUGUCGUUCUACGAGACACCGGAUGCAGAAACGGAACGCUGGGGCGUGCAACAGGACAACGGCACGCUAACUGGAUUGCUAGGCGAGAUGCGCGAAGGACGGGCAGACUUUGCCCUGGCGGAUCUACAUCACACCCAGUACCAUCUAGACUUUAUGGACCUAAGUACACCUUACAACACCGAAUGUCUUACCUUCCUGACCCCGGAAGCGUUGAGCGAUAACUCGUGGAAAACUCUGAUACUACCGUUCAAUGGGGAAAUGUGGGCCGGUGUGCUGGUGUCCCUGUUCUCCGUCGGUUUUGUGUUUUAUGCUUUCUCCAACACAUUGGCUUACAUGCACCGCCAUGAGCGUGGCUAUCGACCGGACUAUGAUCUUCUUCAACGGCAUCGUCAACGGAAACGGCGAUUGCUGUACGGCCGAUCGUUGGUUCGCCGUUUACGCCGGAAAUGUGUCUGGAAGAUCCCGCAAAGUUUGGCAUCCCGAUUGAAUCGAAAAAAACGGAACUAUUCGAAGCCAAGUAAUGCCGCCUCUAUGUAUAAUUCGAACAAAUCGUUAGCGAAGCUUCACAUGAUACCAUUCAAACGGAGACCGGAACCAUGGCACGAUCCAUUGCCAGCGCAGGACAUUUUCGAUACCUUUUCAGGCUGUAUUCUCUACACUUACAGUAUGCUGCUAUUGGUUUCCCUUCCAAGGCUCCCGGCAGGUUGGUCAUUGCGUGUUCUGACCGGUUGGUACUGGCUGUAUUGUUUGCUGGUCGUCGUUGCCUAUCGGGCUUCGUUCACGGCCAUCUUGGCUAAUCCGGUACCACGCCUGACCAUCGAUACGCUGCAUGAUCUAGCCGAAAGCCCUAUCCGAUGCCUUGCCUGGGGUCAGCAGAAUCAGCUCUUCUUCCAAAUGGCCCGCGAUCCUAGCUCGCAAGCUAUAAGCGUGAAGCUGGAACACGCUCCGUUCGUGGAACAGGCCAUCGAAAGGGUAAUCGAAGGCACAGCGGCGUACUACGAGAAUAUUUAUCAGCUGAGAGAGCUGAGAUCUACAAGGAAAUCGGAAAAAGCGCGCCAAACGCUACACAUAAUGCAAGAGUGUGCCGUCCUCAUGCCGGUUUCGAUUGGACUGGAAAAGAAUUCUCCACUGAAACCACAGGUCGAUCGUUACGUGCGGGCGCUUAUUGAAGGAGGGUUGACCGGGAAGUGGUUAUCCGAUGCGAUCGAGCGAUUCCAAUCCAAUGUCGAGCUGCCACCGCAGGAGGCGACGAUCGAUCUGAAAAAGAUGUAUGCCGGUAUCGUUGCUCUUGCCAUCGGUUAUACCGUCAGCAUGGUGGCCCUCGCUGCCGAGAAGCUGUACUGGCGCUUUGUCGUCGAGACUAACCCAGCGUUCGAUAAGUAUCUACUAGGACUUCGGUUCACCACCAGACGGGGCUGA